AUGGUUAACAACGGUUUUGGUCACCUAACCAAGCAAUUGCUGAAGCUAGCGGAUGGCCGUGUCGUGCUGGCACUGGAGGGAGGACAUGACCUUACUGCCAUCUGUGAUGCAUCUGAAGCCUGUAUAAACGCCCUUUUAGGAAAUGAGCUGGAGCCUCUCCCGGAAGAUAUUGUGCACCAAAUCCCAAAUAUGAAUGCAAUAGCUUCUUUAAAAAAGACCACUGAAAUUCAAAGCAAGUACUGGAAGUCAGUGGAGCCAUACUCUGUGCCAGUGGAUUGUGCUCUGGCUGAGUCUCAGAAACGAGAAAGGGAGGAGACAGAAACGGUAUCUGCUAUGGCCUCUCUUUCAGUGGAUGUUGAACAGUGUACUCCUCAGGAAGGCAGCAGAGCUGCUGGCGAGCCCAUGGAAGAAGAGCCAGCCUUGUGAAGUGCCAAGUCCUCCCUGAUAUUUCCUGUGGGUGACAUCAUUGUGUAUCCCCCCAAAGCACCCUCAGACAUGUCUUGUCUGCUGCUUGGGUGGCACAGAUCAGAUGGAACAUAAACACUGGGCACAAAACUCUGAAUAGCAGCUUCACUUGUUCUUUGGAUGGACUUGAAAGGGCCCUAAAGAUUCCUUAAAUGUAACCACUACAAUUCUAGAGUUACAGUAAAACGGGCUUGGGAGAAAGAGCCUAGAGCAUGCUUUUUAUAUGCUGUUUGACCCACUCACCAACAUAAAUUGUGAAAUAGAGUAUUACAAAAUUCUACAUGAUAGAUUAUAGAUACGAGAUUUGCAACAGCCAGCAAAAUACUCGGUAAACUCCAUGAAUCACUUUCUGACACUUUUUACUGGGUGAUUUUUUUCAUACUGUGUUAAAUUGUUAAUAGAAUUUGUUUUCUUUGCUCUGUGUAAUGAAAAAGAAAAAAAAAACUUUUAUUUUACGUGCUAUUUUUUAACCCCCUGUAAUGAGUUCAUAGCUGAGUAAGUGAAAGGCAUGUAAAUUACAACGAGGGAUUUCAGCUAACGGGAAAGCACUUCUUACCAUACUAUAAAUCCCCCGAAGUACUGUGCUUGGGGGUGCUUUAUUUUCUUUUCCCUUUUCCUGGCCAUCCCUCCCCAUUUCAUGUAAUCUUUUCUAUCAUGAAAACACAUUCACGAUUCUCUACAACGAGCAAUCUUCUGCCUUUACAAAAAAGUGCUGUACCCUCUGUAGUUGACAGUAGCUCUCGCCAGAUGUGCGGCAGAGAUCAAGUAGUCUCUGAAAAAAUGGAUGGUUUUUCAAACGUGUUUUUAGCUGGUUCUGAAACUUUUCUUCGUCCUGACUCUAAAAGCAGCAACCUUCAGUAACUGCGUGCAGCUCAUUUGAAGCUCAGGUGUUUCUGUGGAGGUUGUGUCGGGGGGGUGUUCUUUACAGGUCGUCAUGUGAAUGCAAACUGGUUCUUUUAUGUAGUCCUGCACCAAGAGAACUGAUGUUGCUUUAGAAGCUUCAAAGGGUUUAGGCUUUAUUUUAGAUCCUCAAAGAGCAGCGAGAUCUCCCUGCAAUGUGACUUUAGCUGUUUAAUUCUGUGUUUGAGAACGUAACAUAGAGUUGUGCCUUUAGCUGAUAAUGAACGCUUAAACUGUUACACGUGUUGCCUUACCAUCAGAAAAAGAGAUAGGGCAUGUAUGUAAGACUACUUCAAAUGAACAAAACUCUGCUACAGCAACUUUGAUUUUGUUUACCACUUUGUCACCUAAUGAACUCUGGGAGAUACCUUGAAGUAUUUGACUUGCAGUAUUGGAUAGUUCGCUCAGCUUUUAAAAGCAAGUGAUGUUCAUUUUAUAUAUUUUCCAAACUCA